UUUCGGUCGCGUGACAGCACGAGCUUGGUAAAAAGAGACCAACCGAGUUGUCCACGCGAUUACAGAGUCACCCCAUCUCCCUCGUCGGUACAUUUCAGCCAUCCAAUUAGCUAGUAUCAGUGUAUGUGCAGUAGAAUUUGUACGGGUUGUGGAGUGUGAUCUCUCCCCUGUAGCGGUACCGUAGGAAGAUAUAACCUAUUCGCUUGGAAGAAGAAGAAGACUAGAUUGGAUGAGUCUGUUUUGCUGUUAUCUAAAAUUUUGUUAAAUGGCAUUUUUAGUUCGAGGCAGCAUCAAUUCGGUACGGUCGUGGAGUCGCAGCUACGCUUCAAUGUCGAAGAAACAGGGUCUGGUUUUGGGUGUUUACUCGUCCGAGGGCAAGGAUGAGGUGAAGUUUACGCCGUACGCUCAAAAGUACAACGAAUCAACAGCUGGAAAGUUGCUGGAGCAGAUUAAUAUAUCCACUGUUAUGUUCUAAGCCCCAACCUGGUGCACACUUUUGCAAACGAUAGCAAAGCAAAGCGAAUAAGCACAGUGCGCGAGAAAAAUGCAAACAUUCAUUUUAGAGAACUCGACUUUCUCUAAAGCACACGCAUACGAUAUAGUGAAAGUGUAUAGGAAAAGAUAACAGACAGUUCAACUGUACGACGGAUAUACACGUCGCGCGUAACGCAGUUUGUCCAUUCGAAGAUGAUGUUGUUUAUUUGUAAAAAACACACACUGCACAGCUUAAUCGUCUUAAUAAGUUCAGUUUUUUUAAAUGUUUCAAAGUUUAUUGGUGUGAUUCGGGUUUGAGUUACGUACGAUAUGCUUUUACUGUGACUUCCGGCUAGAAACAAUCGUUUCUGUUCAGCGCUAUCUGUAGGCGAGUUGUGUUUGAGUGCUCUAAUCUAUCCUAUCGAUUAACCCUAUACAACAUUUGUCUAGUGCGUUAGUGAGUGUGGUGAAAUGAUUAAUCGUUCAUAUUGCAAGGUUUUCAUGCGGUACCAGGGAGAAGAAAAUCAGUGAAAAAAAAAACAAAAUCACUCGCUGUGAUUUUUUUUGGGCAACGAUUCCCGCGCACGAUUGCAUUUGCCUUCUGCCGGAUGGUUGUUAGUAUCCACGCCUGUGCCGCUACCUCAAACAGAGUGAUUCAACCAAGAUGUCCUCAGGAACGGUUGGUGGUGGUGGAGGCGGUGCAGGCAGCAGUAGUAGUGCGGGCGGUGGGCCCGGCGGUGCCGGUAGCAGCAGCGGUAGCAGCAGCAGCAACAGCAACACCAACAACAAGAAACGGCUCGCCACCCUGAACGGCAUCCCGACCAGCGUGGACGACAAGACGAACGACUUCCUCUGCCCGAUCUGCUUCGACAUCAUCAACGAGGCGUACAUCACGCGGUGCGGACACACGUUCUGCCACCAGUGCAUAGCGCGUUCGAUCGACGUCGCGAAAAAGUGCCCCAAGUGCAACUAUCCGCUCGCGUCCCACGAGCACAUUGUGCCGAACUUUCUGCUAAACGAGCUCAUCACCAAGCAUCGGCUGAAAGGCGGGGGCGGUGGCGGUGGUGGUGGUCUCCUGCAUCGGCACAAGUCCUCCCAGCCCGGUGACAACUCCCCCCAGUUCCACACGGGCGGUACGUGUGGUGGUGGUGACGCGAACGCUGGCGGUGAAGGCGACACAUUGAAGCACUUUCUGGCGACGGAAUCGAAAAAGCUGUCCCUCUCGGACGUGAACGUGAUGCUCGAGAUACUGACGCAGCGCAAAACGCUGCUCGAGGCGGAAUCCUGCGCCGCCCAGAACCGGUUGCUGCACGAAUUCCUGAAGCAUCUGCUAAAGCAGAAGGAGCAGCAGCAGCUACAAAUUGCGAACGAGAUCGCACUCAUUCGAAGCGACCUGCUGGACGUGGAGAAGGUGCUGAAGGAUGUGCAGAGCAGCUGCCCGACGGUGGCGGAGGUGGAGCAGAGCGUGCGGGACGAAAAGGACGAGCACGUGGUUGCGAUCAAGCGGGAAAUCAUACAAAUCAUAGACACGAUCGAUAACAUUACGGUACCGUCGAACCGGUCGCUCGUCGACGACACGUGCUCGAAUGUGACCGAAUCGUACGAGGGAUUCAAUUUGCACGGGGCUCGCCGGGGUGGCCAUGGUGGUGGUGGCUCGAUUUCAGGUGGAUCACUUUCGUCCAACCCUUCAUCCUUUCUGGCCCGCAAGCAGCGAAUGUAUCAGCAUUUUGAUGAUUUCGUGCAAUGCUACUUUGCGGCCCGCAGCGAAGACCUGUACUUCGGCAAGGAUCGCUCGUGCAGCUCCGAUUCGCUCGGCGUAGGAGAGCGGUCUACCUCGAGUGGGGCGAGCAUCGGCACGGGGACAGGCAUCGGCGGUGGCAGCUUUAGCUCCGACCGGCUGAUGGGUGGUGGAGUGCAUCCGUCGGCGGCGGCGGCAGCGGCGCCAUCGAACGCGUCCAGCCAAUCCAAUCUAGACACCACGCGGUCUAGUGGCCGCUCGUCGCUGGACACCUUCCGGGAGAGCCUGAUCAAGUUCUCCAAGUACAGUGCGCUGCGGCCGCUGGCCACGCUGAACUACUCGAACGAUUCCAACUACGUCUCGACGAUCGUGUCAAGCAUCGAGUUCGACAAGGACAGCGAGUACUUUGCGAUCGCGGGCGUUACGAAGCGGAUCAAAAUUUUCGACUACUACACCGCGAUACGGGACGCCGCGGUCGACAUAAACUAUCCGAUCAACGAAAUGACCUGCAAUAGCAAAAUUUCGUGCGUGAUCUGGAACAGCUACUUCAAGCAGGUGUUGGCGUCCAGCGACUACGAAGGCAUUGUCACGAUCUGGGAUGUGCUGACGCGCACGCGAACGAAAACGUUCGAGGAGCACGACAAGCGCUGCUGGUGCGUUGACUUCAACGAGGUCGACACGCGGCUGCUGGCGUCCGGGUCGGAUGAUGCGCGGGUGAAGCUGUGGUCGCUGAACGUGGACCAUUCCGUGGCGACGAUCGAGGCCCGCGCCAACGUGUGCUGCGUCAAGUUCAAUCCAAAGAGCUCCUGCCAUCUGGCGUUCGGGACGGCGGACCACUGCGUCAAUUACUACGAUCUGCGCAAUCUCAAGCAGCCGCUCUGCCUGUUCAAGGGACACCGGAAGGCGGUGUCGUACGUCAAGUUUCUCAACACGGACGAAAUCGUGUCGGCCAGUACGGACGGCCAGCUGAAGCUGUGGAACAUCAAUUCGCCGCCGUUCUGUCUGCGCUCCUUUACCGGACACAUUAACGAGAAAAACUUUGCCGGGCUGGCGACGAACAACGACUAUCUGGCGUGCGGCAGCGAGGAUAACUCGCUCUGCGUGUACUACAAAGGUCUGUCCAAGCAGCUGUUUAACCUGAAGUUUUCCAGCAGCAGCACGAGCGGGAGCGGCGGUACGGGCGGAAGUAGCGCCGCCGGCACCGGCAGCAGCAGUGGCAUUGGCAACAGCAGCUCGCGCACCAGCGGCCUCCAGUCGACGGACAUGGAGCGCAGCAAUUCGGAGGGGAACGAGUUUGUGUCGGCUGUUUGCUGGCGCAAGCAGAGCAACAUCAUCAUUGCCGGGAACAGUGAGGGCGUGAUUAAGAUUCUGGAAAUAGUGUAAACCGCGACUGCUUCGCUGCCAAAGGAUGGUGGCUCUGGGUGUGGGGGUGGUACAGUAAGUUGGGUGGGUUUGCGUGAGCAGCUUUCAUUUUCGAUGCAGACGAGCGCGCGAGCGAAAACGGUUGAGGCGCGCUUCGGAGCGGAUGAAUGCAAUAGGAUAGGUUACUACUAUAUAACGGAUUGCAAUAGCUGUAUAAAAAAGGUAAACGUUAUUUAGUGAAUAGACACGUUUCAAUCCAAGCGUGGGUUGUUUUUUGUUUGUUUGUUUUGUUUUUUUCGUAGCAAGAAAAUAAGACAAAUGCCGUAGGUGCGCCCUGUACCAUGAUCGUGUUCCGUGUUUUAAUUCCACAGCACGCACAGAAGCAGAGAAAAUCCAUUUUAGAUCGUUGUUCUUAGACAGUUAGCAAACUAGCUAACACGCAUCACCCAGUGCAAUUAACGUCGUGUAAGAGUGUGUGAUAGCCAUGACGUUUUCAUUUCAGCAAUGCAUUCGGACACCGUUCAAGAAAGACUAAGCACACAUCCUUGCUUUCCAUGGUUAGCGCACAGGCAUUCCUUUCCUCUUUUUUUCGAGCAUACCAAUUUAGACAAACAUAAAUUCAGUAUCGUAUGAUGAGCAUUCGGUUCUGUGAGCAAAUAGUUUCUUUCUUUUCAUCUAUUUAUUUGCAGUGCUCUUGUUAUGCGUUAGUUGAAUAUGUAAGAUAGACAUACAUUUGAUAGUUUAGGCAGUUUAUUGCUAAGGCUGUUUAAAAUUAUUCGAAAGUGGUUUGCUAAUGCGUCUGCGUCCUUCCCAAAACCAAACUCGUUCGAAUAGCGUCCUAGUCUUGCGGUGGACUACUGUGUAGAGGUGCCAACAGUUUAUUUUCAGUACAACUAUACUUCCAAGAAUAUAAGUCACUAUGAGGACGUAUUUACUGUUGCAUGAGCAACCGGAAGGCAGGAGUAAGGGAAGAGAAAACAAAGAGAGAACUUGCUAUUUUUGUACAGUAGGAAAUACAUGUAGAAGGAUGUGUAGCGAACGUCGUGGCUUUUGGAAAUGCGAUCGGGUUAAAUAUGCAACAAAAAGUAGACAACUCCUAUUCCGGAUUAAUUGAUGUUUUAGAAUCUAGCGAUACAAUUUUAGAAUUUGUUAACAUCUAUUUCGUCCAUUUAAGUUAAUUUAAUUAGGUUCAUAUUACAGUUGAAGCUGAUUCUUUCCUUAACCAAGCGAAAUAAAGUGUCCGUUAAAAUCUCUUUCGUACUUCAAGCGGUCUAAA